CCCUUUGCAAGGGAUCGCCCAAAGUGGCUUUUGGGCAACUGUGGAAAGGGUCCCAGCGCGCGAGGGGAAGGGGGGCGAUGCACGCAACCACUUGUCUUUGUGCGGUCGCCAUACAUGUAUAGUAGCUUUUGAGCCCUCAGCCCAUUCAGAUCGGGGAUCACUCACACUACACCAAGUCCUAUACACCGAACGAACCACAGCUGCUGCAUCAACAUACUCAUGCCGCCAAAGCGAACGAGAAACAAGUCGCCAUCGUCACCAACGCGAAAGGUUCCGACUAGAAAUGCCAAAACGCGUUCGGCUGCCAGUACGGCAUCAAUGUACAAGAACGCGGAGGCGUAUCUUGAAUCGGCGUCGGAUGAAUACUCGGAUCAAAUCAGCGAUCCCGAAGACGCGGUGUCGGAGAGCGACACGAUAGGAGUCAGCGACACAAACAAUGAGGAUGAAUACGAUGAUGAGGAUGAGGAUAUAUUCGACAAACCGGCCAAGACACGGUCGAGGAGAACCCAGAGAGCCACAGAACCUUCCAGCACUUCCAGUAAAGCCGGAGGCGCAUCAAACAGGAAAGCACCCGCGACUGAAAAGGGCAAAGGGCGUGUACAAAGGACUUCGCCAACAACAACAUCAACAGGAGCGACGCGCAAAGCGGCGCCACCGUCAAAGCCAACUCCUCCACCAAAAGUAGCCCCGCCAGCAACCACGGCCGCAAAGAGAAAAGCCAGUCAGGUCAGGUUUGUGCCGCUGGUUUCGAGUCCCGCUUCCUCUUCAUCCUCGAGGACGACCGCUGCCACAUCAACAGCAUCGUCUCCGUCCAUACAUACCAAAGCAAACCCAGAGACCUCAGAUCAAAACCAACGGAGCGACCAAUGGACAGAAAAGUACGCGCCGUCGGACAUAGAGGAGGUUGCGGUACAUCAUGGAAAAAUCGCAAGUGUCAGAGAGUGGUUAGAGACGUAUACUGAUCCAAGCAACAGACAGCAAGAUGUGUCUGGAGGGGCGAUUUUAGUGUUGAGCGGACCUGCAGGAUCAGGAAAGACAACCGUGCUCAAGAUGCUGGCGCAAGAAAUAGACCUUACUAUUGUCGAGUGGGCAAAUUCCGUCAACGAAAACAAUGUUGUUCAGCGACCAGUAAUGCCUGGCGAGGAUAGCUGGAGAGCCACGUCGAUUGACGAAGAAUAUAUACCAGUCAUGAGGACGUUCCAAGAAUUUUUCUCAAGGGCGCAGCGUUUCAAUCCCAUAUUGACCUCUAGGGACCUGUCUCAGUCCAGCCAGAGUACAGGAGCUCAGGCAGGCUUCUCGGCGUCGAUGUCUGCCUCAGGAAGGAAGAACGUCAUUUUGAUAGAGGAUCUUCCGCCGAUCACAGCAGUAUCUUCACGGAAAAUAUUUCAGGAGACGAUUGCAAAGUUCGCCAACUCUAGAAUCAGCUCUUCAUCAGUUCUGGUCCUUAUUGUCAGUGAUGUUUUUACAAAGCAGAGCACUGAGCUGUUGUUUUCAAACACCAACGAGAACAGGGACCCAGCCAUGACGAUCAGGGUACUUCUUCCGUCCACAGUUCUGGAUAAGAUUGAUUCUGGAGGCAGAGGAUGUGCCAGAGUUAAACAGAUCAAAUUCAAUCCAAUAGCACCAACAAUCAUGACGAAGGCGAUUCGGAAAUUGAUCAACAAAGAGUUCAAGGCUUCGCAUGCACAUGCACCGGACACGGCGGAAAUAGAGCAAGCGAUCAAGAUGCACGAUGGCGAUAUUAGGGCGGUCAUCAACUCGCUACAGUUCCUGUGCUAUAUACCAGCAAAGAAACGAAAGCGCUAUAGAGAGGCAGCAAUAUUACAGGAGGAAAACCAGAAGAACGUCCACGAUUCGGAAAAUAAAAUCACGCAAGGGCAGGAUUCAUCACUUGGAGUCUUCCACGCCGUUGCCAAAGUGCUAUACAACAGGCGCGACUGGAAAGCGCCGCAUGUCGAAUUCGAUAGCGACAUCGUAAAGGUUCCGCCGCAAGCCUGGACUAUGCGACGUCCGCCCUUGCCCUUCAAUCCAGACAAGGACUUGAUUGAGAAGCUUCCGAUUGAGCCUGACUUGUACACGCUCAUGCUGUACCAGAACUAUACUCGGCAUAUGCACACGAUCGAGGAGUGUCACACAGCAAUGGAGUAUUUAUGCAUCGCCGACCGUUUCUCUCACUCGUCCGGAAGCAGCGCCAACUACACGCAGAUGAUUCAGAUGCAGCCAUACAUGACAUCGCUGGCGGUUCGCGGGCUGUUGUUUGCCCCAACCUCGGCAAGUCCGACAUCCAAUGUUGGAGGAGCAAAGAAGCACUGGUGGCCGGAGCUCUUUGCCGUAAACAGGAUCAUGCAUGCCAAUGACGAGAUGUUUUUGGAAGUUGCAGUUGACCUUUUGGGAGAAGAGGCCAAAGGACUCUCUGCAGGACAUGUCACAGGACCUGGCUUAUUCCCGAAACGUGUAGUGCGUGAGGAGCUGGUGCCCAUGCUUCACAAGUGUAUGAGGAUGAAUCCUUAUAUGCCAAUCUUCAGCAAGUCACUUCGACCUAGCUCCAAGGCCUUUGUUCGGGAUGGGGCGGGCAACUACGGCAGGAAAACUGGAGUAAUCAAGAAGGAGUUUGGAGAGGGCGAUGAGGGGUUCCUGGAGGAUGUGACGGACACUUCCCCCAGUGCUGAGGCUGGCGUUGUGGAUGAGAUUGUCGAUGAGUCUAUGGAGAAAAUCGGCACGGGGUCCGGAUGGGACAGUAGAGUGAAGCAGGAUCAGCAGAAGAAGCAACGGGAUCAGCUCACAUAUGAGGUUGAACAUGACGAGGAUCCCAUUGAAGACUUUUCAGAAUGAUUGACAUAGCUCACUCUACGGCUCUCUCUCUCCCUCUCUCUCUCGCAUACUCCUCGCUAUACUACUUCACUGUAUACUACUCAGAUGCAGCCCUCCCACGCUGCCAACAAAUUUUGGAUGU